AUGAUGUCAGUCGAAGAAGAAAUGGAAUAUCAGUCUUAUCCAUCUGCAUCAGUCGAUGCUCCAAUGUCUUCUGCUCGUCAUCGUUCAGUAGCUCGAAGACAUGGUUGUAGUUUGAAUUCUAUCCAUUUUCAAAGUCUCAAUCUUACUUCUAAACAUUUAACUUCCACACCAAAACCAAUCCGUCCUAGUGGUCGUAGUUCAAAUCAAUCAUCAACCAACAAUCAAUCGUCAAUUCGCACGAAAGAAAAAAAAGGAAAUCUUGCUAUUUCUCUUGUUUCAUCUAUUCCAUCAUCAAAUUCACCUGGUCGUUUUCAGUCACCUGUUUCACCGUUGCCUUUGACUGCCCAUCGGAUGAUGAACAACAUUAAAGGCAUAACAUGCGUGUUACAACUCGAUCUGGUAAAAUGA